ACACAACGCCAUGUCCAAGUGGAAUAACAUUUUUGACAAGGUCAAGGUACAGGCUCAAGCCGCCGGUGCGCAUGCGCAGCAGUUGAUCAAUGUGAGUCCGAUCGCGAGGUUGUCGGAAGAGGACUCGUCGCGGUGUCCAGCGGCGAUGGCGCGUUCGCGUCGACGCUGACAACAGGACGGGGCCCAGACGGCCCGCGGACAGGGCCAGGGUCCCAGCAUUAUGCAGCGCGCGCAGGCCGGUGGUAACAACUUCAUGCAGGGCUUCAC